CACACCAUAGUUUCCUUCUCAGGUCGGGAACGAGAGCGUUUACACAGUCGUUAAUACAAUGGAUUGCCCAUUUCUCCUUAAGCUUUGACACAUUUCACUCGUUUAACAAACCACCUUUAGUACACGUUUUUUUUUUCUUUGUGGUAUCUCGUUUCUUAUAGGGAGCAUAGAGUUUCGUAAUAAAAGGAACCGUUCAGCAUUAAGGGAUGAAGAGAUCUCCUGACGUGAGCCCCAGAAGGCUUUCAGAUAUCAGCCCUCAGCUACGGCAGCUGAAAUACCUGGUUGUGGACGAAUCAAUCAAAGAGGAUUUAAAAUCUUCCAGGUCUGUGGAAGACAUAAACAGCGCAUGCAUCGGACUAACUUCAAUCGAGGAGAGGAUUUUAAGGAUCACGGGGUACUACGGGUAUCAGCCGUGGACUGCAAUUUACAACAGAGAUGAACACCCUCGUGAAAACCUGACAGCAGCAGACGCGCAUGCCCCGGCUGAGCCAGACACCGGAGUGCAGAGAGUGACCCGCUGCUGCUUCAAGCUGACUGCCAGUCAAGUCAGGAAGAUCUGCUGCGGGGUAGUGGUGCUUUUGGGUGUGUGCCUGUCCUGGACCGCCUCCACACAGCUCGCCAAACUCACGUUCAGGAAAUUCGACGCCCCUUUCACCCUGACUUGGUUUGCAACAAACUGGAACUUCUUAUUUUUCCCACUCUACUACAUCGGCCAUCUGUACACAUCCACAGAGAAGCAUUCUCCAAAGCAAAGAUACAGAGAAUGCUGCAAGUUUUUUGGUGACGACGGAUUGACUGUGAAGGUGUUCUUUACAAAGGUCGCCCCUUUUGGUGUUUUGUGGACAUUAACAAACUAUCUGUAUUUCCACGCACUGAGGAAAAUAAACACGACAGACGUUUCAGCGCUGUUCUGCUGUAACAAAGCCUUUGUGUUCUUGCUUUCCUGGAUUGUUCUAAGGGACAGAUUUAUGGGAGUAAGGAUUGUUGCAGCAAUACUUGCUAUUGCAGGUAUAGUGAUGAUGACCUACGCUGAUGGAUUUCAUAGCCAUUCAGUCAUUGGCAUUGCACUAGUUGUUGGAGCCGCAUCAAUGUCAGCUCUGUACAAGGUGUUAUUUAAACUCAUCCUGGGCAGUGCCAAGUUUGGAGAAGCAGCCCUGUUCCUGACAAUACUGGGAGGAGUUAACUUUGUGUUCUUCAGCUUCGUCCCUGUCAUACUCUACUUCACCAAAGUGGAAUACUUUGACUCAAUUGACGCUGUUCCCUGGGGGUAUCUCUGUGGGGUCUCCGUCUUUUUGCUGACCUUCAACAUCCUGGUAAACUUUGGCAUAGCUGUCACCUACCCCACUCUAAUUUCCCUUGGCAUUGUCUUAGGUGUACCUGUAAAUGCUGUGGUGGAUCACUGCACCAGUGAAAUAAGCUUCAACACUGUCCGUGUGAUUGCAGUGCUCACCAUCAGCCUAGGAUUUCUAUUGCUGCUCUUGCCAGAGGAAUGGGACCAGUGGAUCAUUAAACUUCUGACUCGGCUCAAAGUGCGGAAAAAGGAGGAAGCAGCCGAAGGGAAUGGGGAAGCGGGACCAGGACUCAGCUGGAGUAGACGGGCUCGAUCGUCAAUGUCCACCUUUACUCAUUGAUGUCAACCUAUCGUGAACGUCUCCAAAAUCUGCUGUCCAACAAUAACACAAUUGUGUGAUUUUACAUUUCUUACCAAACGAAGCAAAAAAUGCACACUUAUUGUUUAUGGUGUAUGUUUCUGUAUAUUUUUUUCUAUAUCUCAUGAAAUCAGAAAGUGUAAAGCUCUGUGCAUGUUGUCCUAUUGCUUGAAAAACCAUUGACUGUCGCUGGGACUUCAUUGUGAUUUUGUUUUAAAGAAGUUGGACUGCAUUUCAGAAAUAACGAGUGAGCUCAACCACAGGGUGUAAAAAAAGACAGUCGCUUCUAGUGACUUUGGUUUGAGCAGGAGCCUGACUAGCUAAUGAAAUACUUUUUAUAUUAUUAUUAUUUAAUUUGUAUCCACCAGGAGGCACCCAUGCAUUAUGAGCUGUUACCAUAGUGUGUCUGCCCUGGGGAGAGAAGUUUCUUCUGAUGUGGUCAGAAGAGUGUUUCUGAUACUGGGGAAAAGCCUUUUUUCAGAUCUGCCAAAUGUUGGAAAAUUGCCAUGGGUCUAGCCUGGUGAGCCUUUGCAAACAUUUUAAGCUAAGAAACUUUUCUAACAUAAUCAGGUCUACUUGUGAUGUAAAUACUGCUUUCGUUUGAGUCACUGGAUGGAAGGGCCCUGUGUAAAAUGCCAUGGUCUAUCAUAUUUUAAUAGUUUAAACGCUGGCACGAUUUAGAUUACCUGAAUUGAUCCCGAUGCUGUUUGUCAGAGCUGAUUUCUCCAAGGUGGAAUUUACAGCAUUUAUUUUUUAAAGGAAAGCAAAAUGGUAAUAUUUGCAACAAAAACAAAUGUGUCAUCUUUUCACUGGAGUAAAAAAGAUUUCAUAAAUAUGGGUGUCACAAACAUCAGUAGCACUGAAUACUGACAAGGUCUACCCAAGGCAGAAAACAUUUAGUGUUUCUAAAACAAUAUAGCCCUACCUGAUGGCAAAAACAGAAAUCUACAGUAUUGUACAUCCUGCAGUUACAUCCCAAUUUAAAGAAAGUUGAUUGUGCUGUAGGUUUUUUUUUUUUAAAUCCUCUCUCUCUCUCUCUCUCUCUC